UUGCAGAUCAGAAUUUACAACAAAGAAAUUAAAUACAAAAAUAUUUGGAGCUCUGCUCCUUCAUCUCUCCUUCCCUCUUCUUCCAUAGCUUUCUUGUGCUACUUGCAGGUUGAUUAAAGGAAUUGAGAAUUAGGUCGUAUCAAUGGUAUUAUCCUUCUCAAAUCCUGGUUUCCCUCAUGUACACGCCCACCCAACCCGUCUUCCUGCCAUGGAUACACGCAUCUCCGCUACAAUCGACUCAUUUGAAGCUUCGAUGCGUGCUGCGAUCCGUGAAGCUAUGGAUUCUGCACUCACCGUCAUUCAUAAGGCUAUGAAUCCUAUACUUAUAGAAAUCCACAUUGACCUUGCUCAAUUACACCGUGACUUGGCUCUCCACGUUGAGGGAGAUUCUGAUCUAGCCUCAAUGUGUUCCGAGGAAGCUGAAUCGAUCGAGGUUGGUCACCAAAAACCUCACAAUGGAGACGGCAACCCACUGCAAAUUUCAUCGACAAUCCACGACCAUUCCAUUCCGCCAUUACUCUCAUCUUGUGCGCACUGGAAACUUCGCCCGUCAAGCCAUAGUCGAACGAUUCCAUUGCAGCCCUAGUUUCUCUGUCGGAAUCGAAGAGAAUGAUUCAUGCUUCGACGAUGACCUCUGCUCCGUGGCUACGAAAACUGGAGCUGAGGUAGUUCUCUAUUUGCGUUUCAUUAUAACAACUUCGGAAGCUAUAUUUCCUUCUCUUUUGACUAUUGCAUUUCAGAAUGAUAAAUAUGGUUGGAUAAAUUGGUAUCUUAUGGGUAAAUUUGUGAAGAAGCAUUUGUUUGCAUUGCAUCUGUUUGAUGAAUUGCCUAAGAGAUGGAGAGAAAACAAUAUGGCAAUAACUGAGUUGAUGAAGGAAAGGUUUUCCAAUAAAUAUUUCCCAUCUGAUCCUUCCAAUAACCAUUCAAUCCCACAAACCAUUUUGUUAUUGCGAAAAUUAUGUCAAACAAAUCGUGGAAAGCAGGGGAGAGCUGCUGCUAAUACCUAUUGUCAGCUGCUUCUUUCUCAAAAUGACAACAAUGUGAAGCUUAUUGUUCUUGAUCAGCUGACUGAGCUAAAGUCUUCUCAUAGAGAAGUUGUAGCUGAUAUGUUCAUGGACGUGCUGAUGGCACUUUCUAAUCAUAAUCUUGACAUCAAGAGAAAGACCCUAGACAUUGUUCUUAGCUUGGUUACUUGCACAAACAUCAAUGAGCUUGUUCUUAUUUUGAAAAGGGAAGCUGUCAAGACUCAUACUGGAGAGCUAUAAAAGAAUGGUGAAUACAGGCAGAUGCUUAUUCAGGAUAUUCAUUCUUGUGCAAUAAAGUUCCCAGAAGUGGCGAGCACAGUGGUUUGUUCUUAGGAGGCAGCAAUGUUGCUUCUACUGUUGAUAUGAUUGUUUUUAUCUGAGAAAUAAUAGAAACCAACCCUAGAGUAAAGGUAUCUAUAAUAACAAAGCUAUUAGACCCUUUCUACCAAAUCCGAGUAUCAUGGGUUUGUUCUUCUGGCCUUUGGAUUUUUGCAGCAUGUUGCACGUCACUUCCUGAAUUUAAGGGUGGAACUGCAUCAAUUAAACGGUGCCUAAGUGAAUUGCCUUUUCUCUUGGUUUCAGAAGAAGAAAGUAAUGAUUCUUCACAAAAGGUUCAACAAGUAAACUCCAUAACCAUGUCUUUUAAAAGACCUACUAUUCUUGCUGAUGGAACUUAUGCCACACAUCAUGCUGCAUCUGGAAUUGCUUUCUCUCCUCCUACCCUUUUUCAAGGAUCCGUGGCAUCUGGGAACUUGAGAUCCCUGCUUCUCACUAGUGACUUUUUCCUUGGGACAGUUGUUGCAUACCUUAUGACCAAGCUUGCCCUGAGAUUGGAAGGGGUCUAACCAUCAAAAGUUGAAGUGAAUAAAGCAUUUUCGCAAACACUGUUGAUUGUUGUGUCUAUGUUGCAAUUAGGACAAUCUCCAGUUCUUCCACAUCCAAUUGACAGUGAUUCUUUUGCCGAGGUUGUUCUCUGCACAAGAUUGCUAUGCAAUACUGGUGAUGAGGUCAAAAAAAUAUGGUUAAAAUCUUGCUGUCAAAGUUUUGUUGACAUGCUUUCAAAAAACAAUUAAGGGAGACAGAUGAGAUAAAAGCAACGGCUCAGAUUUCUCAAGCACAACCAGUUUGAUUAUUACUACAUGGAGCUAUUUUAGGUGUGCUUUAUGCAGGACACAUUUAUAGCUUGUUACAGAGGGAAUGCAUUUUUGAAUCAUUUCUUCGAGGUUUGUCAUGGUUGCUCCAAUUCAUUGAUAAAUGGAUACAUAGCAUGGAUCUUGAAAAUCAUAAGCUUAAUCCUCGUAUUGAACAUUAUGGAUGCAUUGUGGAUCUUCUUAGCCGUGCUAAGCUGUUAAAUGUGGCUGAAAAGUUGAUCAGAGAUAUGCCUACUCAACCUGAUGUGGUUAUAUGGGGAUCUCUGCUUUUUACAUGUAGGAUUUAUAGGAACAUAGAAUUGGCAGAGUUGGUUGACAAAAGGACUGAGGUGUUUAAACCCCAAUGUGCUUAUGUUAAUUCACCAAGAGACGCUGGAAGUCCCUUAAUUUGGGAUGUUGGUCAUGGUCACCAAGAUGCAAUGGAAGUUCUGUUACAAAACAAUGCUAAUCUUGUUGCUGAAAAUAAUGACAGUAUUACACCUUUGCAGUCAUUUAUUUUGGUUGGUUCACUACUAUGCUUAGAAUUAUUGGUUCAUAUUGAUCAUCCAAAUAUGCGUAUUACCCCCCUGGGAAGUUGCACUGAUAUUGGGACAAUGGGUUUCUGAUAUUAAAAAGGACACAAAAAUGCCAGCUUACUAUGCUUUGAUCAAAUUGCUACAGGACAAGGACCUAUCUGUAAGGUUGGCAGCUUAUAGGUCUCUCUGUUUGCAUAGUGAAGAUGCUAGUUUUUCAGAAAGAGAAUUCAUCAAUCUUCUCCUUAUCCAUUGGAAUUCAUGCCUUAAGUUGAUUAAGGAAGUUCAGGAGCUUGACUCGAAGAAGGCGUGGGAGGAAUCUGCCAAUGAAUGCCUUCUGCAGAUUCAACUUCUUGUUGCUUUGAGGACACCAACUAAUUGGGAGGACUUCCACAAUUCCAUUUUUAAGACUUGAGGACAAGGCUAAUUUUCAAGGGGGGAAUAUUGUUAUGAACCCAAAAUGUAAUUGAGGUUUAAGCUUUAAUUGAAUUGUUAAGAAUUGUUAAAUAUGCAAGCUGGCAUUUUAAGAAGUAGAGUCUGUAUAAAAGGAGCACAGCUCCCUCAAAUGUGGCAGAUCAGAAUUUACAACAAAGAAAUUAAAUACAAAAAUGUUUGGAGCUCUCCUCUUUCA